AUGACUCGACUACAGUUACACCCAGAUCCCAACAUGGACACGGACAACCGACUGGGAAACUUGGAACCGGAAUCGCUCCAAUCCCCAGGCGCGGAGUCGCAGAUGUCAUUUAAUGUUUACGACGCUAAAAUUUCCGGUAGAGACAGCUUCUUAGGUGCGCUGCCUAGUAGUGCAAGCACCAUUGGCUUCUGGUCAGAUCACCACAGCAAGGGCAAGAUGGACAAUUUUACCGUCCGAGCUUACUCGAAACGAAUACGCCAGUUGACUCUAUUUCUGGCGGUCUUCAUCAUCGUGUCAAUGGUAAUGACUGCGCUAUUCGUUUGGAGAAUGUCCUAUUACAAACUUGAGGACAAAACCGAUGAAAAGCGUCAUCUCGAACAGGUACGAUUCCAAACAAUUGCACUUCAUCGAUUCCAAACUUGAAUUUUUAUCCUAAUUUCUCAAUCUUAAAUUCGUGCGUAUGCCCGCCACCCCACACCAAAUCAGCGAAAUACCUACCACUGAAUUGGAUUUACUGUUGUUUUGACGGCAUGUAAUAUUAGAAUUUUGAUGCAGACAAAUGUGACAAGAUAUUAUUUUUAUUAUCAUCUUCUCUUACCCAUAAAUUUAAGUAUCUAGCACCUUUUUACGGCAUAUAGUUUCAAGUGAUAUCCCACAAAUGGUAUAAUACGUGAUUUCUCUGUUCGUCUAUUUGCAUAGAAUUUUCUGCAUGUUUUCUGUCAACCUCUCUUAGUCUUGUGGAUUAGGAUCUGAAAAUGCGGUAAUAACAUUGAUAAUUUACCAAAACUGCAACAGGCUGUGUGGGUGGAUUUUGAUAUAAAUGAAAGUUUUCGCUCCUUAAUUGUAAAAUGGCAAGUGGGAACCAAAUAUUCCGUGAAUAAAAAUGAACGCACAGCUCGCAAAGACAAGAUUAUAUUACCAUUAAGACACACCCAAAAUAAAGACCUAACGCUCCUCUGUUUGAAGUUUUCCUUAACUAUAUUGCUUCAGUAUCUGGUUAAAUAAAAGUAUUAUUCUAGUUUAUUGCAAAAGCACAUCUUAAUCGUUUCAUCACAUCGUUGAAGACCAGAGCGAUGCUAUGGCGCUGCCAACCGAUAAAACUGCCUUAUCCUGUUUUGAAAUAACACGUACACUUUCCGUUACAGUUGUCAAAUGAAGAUCAACCGGCUGCAUUCGUAGGAAAACAUUUCUUUCAAAACAAUAUGUUUACACUUGGGAUGCAAUAUCAGCUUCAAAAUCGGCUCAAAAUCUAACGAAUCUUUUCCGCGAAAGUACACCUAACGUGCUCACAUUGUGUUUAGUGUUCAUAAUAUAAUAUUACUUAAAUUGUGCAUGAACCGUUUGUUUCACACGAUUUGCAAUUACUACAUAAUCGGCGUUAAUUUUCAAAGAGUGUUGAAUGUCAGAGCAUUGAAAUGACUCUCUCAGCGGAUGUUGAUUUUAUUGCUAAAUAUUCUGUUGGGAAAUCUUCACCACAGUUCAAUCGAAGGUUUUAAAUCUAUGAAAUGUGCUGUAAUAUCACUCAUGGCUGAUUGACCGUUAGCAAGAACAGCAUUUCGAAAGCAAACUGCUUCCUAAAAUUUUGCCUAUCAGAAACUUCAAAGGAAGCGACGAUUGUAAACUUUACCUUCCGUAAUGGACCCGAGUUUUCGGCACAAACCAUUAUGCGAAAGGCAGGCUUCACAAAUAAUCGUUUCAUUUUAGCAUUUGAGAACAAAAAAGUAAUCUAAAUCUAAAGAUUUGAUUUUCAGCCUUUAUUCGUAUUUUAUUAUUUUUUUUUUGUAUUUGCUUCACAAUCCACACCACGUAGAGUAAUUGAUACGGAUAAUUUCAUUAUUUUCCCAACUCGAUUAGCCGUUAAAUUGCUGUUUGAUUAUAAAUAAAUAUCAUUAAAAAGAAUGUCUUCGGUUGAGAUUAAAUGCGUGUUCUGUACAAACAAGACUUGAGGACAUAUCGAACAAUAUUGGCCGGAAGUCAUACCGGUAUGCGACAAACGUCACCAAAAUUAAAAUCUAAAGUUUGUUUUGUGACAACCUACUAAGAAACCAAUAAAGUUCAAGUGAAAAGCGAUUGACACCUGUCGUGUAAUGAUGCCCUUUCAAAACUAGCGCGCAAGCAAUUUUCUCCGGAACAUUCUAAACUUUUGUAAACUUAUUACUGACCAGCUUUGAAUACAAUCGGAUUUCCCGAUCUUUUGCUGGCAAUAAGUAGGUUAAGCGCCGGAAUCGGUUUGGUUCCAUCAAGACUUAAUCAUUAUCGUAAUCGGUAGACGUGGAAAUCUCCAAUUAUACAAGAGACAUCAUAAACAGCGUUAUGACUAUGAAAUAUUUUAAAAUACAAUUUCUUGGCUUUUUUACGCAAGAGUUCAUAUCCAUGCUGUUCAUCUCAGUGACGAAAGAGUUUUGCUCAUCAAAAUAGCAUUUAGAAAUAUAAAUUGACAUGUAAGAUCGAAAUUCGAAACGUGCUGACAACAAAUAAAUAAAAUGUUUGAUGACUUGGCAGCUCAAUUUUGAUUGCUCACGUACUACACCAAAGAUUAUGUGUCCCUACGAUCGGUGGUCAAGGUCCAAAACCAAACAUAAACUAUGAUUGGAACAAUUUGUCGGCUAACUAAAACAAAAAUUAUAAUUGGUUGGCCUCGCUUGGCUUUGACUGAUCAGCUAAGUUUUUAUUCGCAACUGCAAGCUCAGAAUAUAAUUUCUCGUUACUGUUUGUUGUUUGAUGCUUUCUAAAUUGGUUAAGAGAGUAACUGUGUCAUCAUUAGUUUCUGUACCAUAUUCGUGACUUUUCUCGUUACAUUAAUGCGGAAACAGAGAGUAUGCAGAUAUCAAGGUCCGUUUUAUUCUUUGCGAACGUAUUACCUGAGUUCCCCUCCGCUAAAAGAUGGAAAUCGAUUCCAUAAAGGUAACUAUGUGUUCCUACUUAGAAGCCAAUUGUUGCGCCAAGAAGCGCCUGCCCCGUACGAGCAGAAGCAGUUCCACUGGAACCUUUGCCGAUCAGUAUUGAAGAAGCAUUAAUAGAAAUUGAGCGUGCAUUGAAGGAGGCCAACACUAAGGAUGAUACGGUAAGACAUAACCUGGUAGUUCAGGGAUUAAGUUGGAAUUAGAAAGGAUCGAACAGCCCCGCACGGUAGGGUCGCAUAAAGAGAAAGUGGUGUUAUAUAACCCAUUUUCUCAACUUGGGUGACAAUUGGUGAUGCAACAAUUCCGACUUUUGGAAAGAGGUAGGACAUGUUGUCGUUGACUGCUCUUCGCUUUGAGGGAAGGGACACUUCUUUCCAACUGAAUUUUGACGUUCUGGCCUCAUGGUGAUUGUAGGAAUUAGAAGUAUGCCUGUGUUAUUUACUGAUCAUCAACAUCAUCUUUCACUUAAAAUCAUUAGCUUAACAUUCCUAUUCUAGCAGUAUGGAGAAGUUUGUCAUUUUGGACCUAGUUAAACGGCCUAGCCUGCGACGAGUCUCCCAUUGCUCAGUGUGGAGCAUUCAUAGUACUAAUCGGAAGGUUGUAGAUUGACUCCAAUUAAAGCACUUGGAGUUCUUUUUUUCUGAGUAUGUCUGUGUCAUUGAUUCACAUCACCAUCCACUCCAGUUUCAUACAGGCUUAACAGUCAGUUACAGCUUUGUCCUACCAUCUUACUUAAUAAUCCAUCAAAACUUGGACAUCAAAGUCCUGCUCGACACAAUUUGAUAAUUGUCUUCAUUUCUCCUUUAGAUAGCCAUCAUGGCUAACGUUGUCUACAUGGACAAGGUAAUCUGGGAGCGCUCGUAUGGCAAAAUGAACAGAUCAAAUCCCUCAGCACCAAAUCUGUCUAGUAAAACAGUGUUCCCCGUGGCAAGUGUCACUAAGGUCUUCACGGUAAGUGUCUCUGUUUUACCAGGUAUUAGACUUGAAACACUGAUGCAUGAAAUAAGGACCAUCAUUUCAUAAAUUUGCCGCAGCGUUUUUUUUAAAUCCAUCUUCGUUCUUAAAACUAAAUCCCUAAUGAUCGAGCCAUGCCUGAUCUCGUCGCUUCAUGUGGAAUUUUCUAUUUGAUUUUCGAUUUCCCUACUCCGAAACAAACACUCCUUGAUGUAUCGUUAAUAACAGAGAUUUAUCAUUUUGGUUAUGGUUUUUUAGGCCUUGAUGCUUUACAAGCUUUACUAUGAGAAGAAGGUAAAGUCACUGGAUGAUCCUUUCAAGAAAUAUAUGCCAAAGUUUUCAAUCAAGGAUCCAUUUAACUCUCAUGAAAUCGUGCUCAGGUAAUUAUUGUAAUGUUACUUGAUGCGAGAUCUCAAUGCCAUGGACUUACACAGGCAAACAGACAGAAAACCAGACUGACGGGCCAUCACAGACACAGUUAGAAAGACAAAUAAGAGAUAGAAAGUAAAACUAUCGGCGUAGUAAUGUUACAGUUGGUGCAGGCGAACCAUUGACUGAUUGGCUCAUCGAUGCACUGAGACUCAGUCAAUAAAUAAUUUUGCCAAUUAACUCAUUUCAGAAUAAAGAAGGUAAGUUUCUGAAGAAACUGUGCUGCUGCGUCGGUGGGGGAGUAUUACAGUAACAUUUGGUUUUAUCAACGGGGGUAAAUUUGCCACCGUAAGAAGGGAGUACUUUAAUGAGUAAAAUUCUUCUUUUAAAUGAAAAUACUUUGGAAUCAUUUUUAAUAUUACUUCAACAAGUAUUGGACUCGGAAUCCCCUGUGGGGAUUUCACCUAGUCCAGGUCUGAUUUCUGCUGAAAACGUGGACAAUUGUCAAAUAGGCUGCACCACUUCGUUUCUUUCAGGGAAAUGGUUUCGCACAUGUCUGGUAUUCCACGAGAAGCUCCAUGUCUUAAAGAAAUGAAAGAGAACCUUUGUCCAGACAAUAAUACUGUUAUGUUAGACCGUAUAAAGAACCUUACUCUCGUUGCUGAACCAGGCAAUAAAGUCAGCUACAGGUCUGUCAGUCUUUUUAUUAUUACUUUCCAUUCCUUUCAGUUUUAAAUAUUGUUUACAAAUAACUGGAAAGCUUAUUAAGUGGUAACACUGCUUUAUAUUCAAGUAAUUUAGGGUUUGGGCUGCUUGGUCAAGGACUGGCCCUUUCGCAAAACGUCUCGUACGAGGAGUGGAUGCAGAAAAGUGUUUUUGAUCCGCUGGGCAUGCAUGACUCGGGAUUCAAGUUAACUCCUAAGUGAGUGAUAACAUAGGCCUUAAUUCACGCUUACAAAGAAAUAGAUAAAUAAAUGAAUUGAAUGUUGAAGAGUAGUCAAGGAUUAAGCUUAUUUGGUUUCAUUUAUUUAUUCCCUUGAUUUUCUCCGUCGACAGGUUGAGGAAAAGAAUUCCCGUGGGUUUUCUUGGGAAGGAUUCUCUGCAGCCAUUUGAGUGGGGAUGGGCCAAUCCAGCUGGUGGAAUGUUUACGUCACUGGAGGAUCUCGCGAAGGUAGUGUCAGAAAGAAACUUUACUAUCGCAAAAAAUUGUUGUUGAACUGUUAAAAAUUUUCUUUAAGGAUAAAAUUUUUGGGCACAGAUGGCAUAUAGAGUGUUCAGAAUGAGAAAAGAUCGUUAUCGGCUGUUGUAAACUGGAAUUUCUCACCAAUGAUCAGGUUGGAAUGUGUGGGUUUCAUUGUCGCCCCCUUUAUUUGCGUGAUUUUAUAACUCCUACGAACCACUGAGCUUUUGUUUGAUGAUGAUGGCGCACAACGAACAUCAUAUUAAACGAUCCAAAGUGGUGUCGAGUUGGGAAUUUAAGUAUUAUGUUGCUGGUAUUUGUUUCCAGUUUUUGCACAAGUUAAUGCUUGAUUUCCAUUCAUUUAAAUAACUUACUAAAAAAAAGAGAUUUUCGUCCUUGAAAUUUGGAUUAAAUCCGUACUACUAUCACCUUUGCGUCUAUAUUUGUAGUUCCCAGUAUUGCCUCCUCGGCCUCCUUCUCUGUCAUCUUGCCCUUUCCCUUACACUCAAUACCAUCUCUCUCUUGCCAAUCGCAUGAAAUUAACUGAUCUAACAAUAGCAUUAUUGUUGUUGUCUUGUCUUCAGUUGGAGAUUACGCUUUUCAAUUCCACGGAGGAGGACGACUUUCUAUCCCCUGUCCUGACCGAAGAAUUUUUCUCACCCGGUGAGGAGUUCUUUAACUUUUUUCUGUCGUUUUUUUUUUUCUAAGAGUUCACUACCGAUUGAACUGGGAAUUUAGAGAUAGAUUACCAGUUUACCUGCAACGAAAAAUAUUGCGUCACUUUUGUCUCAAUACGAGAUGUGUUAUUUUGAGGUAUUUUCCUUGCAGCUUUUAUCCUGGAUGGCAAACAGUUCAUUGGGUCUCCAUGGGAGAUGUUUCUCAUGAACGGUUAUAUUGCAAGGAUGAAAAAUGGAUUUGUAUAUGGCUACUCAUCAAAAAUUUUCCUCUUUCCCGAGCUGAAACUUGGUAAGUUUGUCUAUAUCUGACAUUUUCGGAAUUAAUGAAUGAGAUUCAAAGUUGAAAAGUAAAGUAAAUUUCAGCACUGCCUUUCCUCUUGUCCUCCAUUUUCCAGUUCGAAUAGAAAUGUUGAAUUUUUUGGGGGCAGGAAAACCUAGGCCGGGGGAAACGAAGAGCCUGGGCUGGAGGAAAACCCCCGCAGGAAGACUAAGAACCAAUAACAAGUGAUAUAAGGUUAAGGAGUCCACCUCAGGCCACUAUGGUGCGAGUAGAGCAUUCUCCGGGCUAUUGCAUGAAAAAUACGUCCCUUAUAAGUUAAACUAAAUGCUGCUUUGCUGCUAAAUUCUGCAGUGGACCAGCGUCAGGAUCAUUCCUUUAGAGCUAUGCAAUCAGGCCUGUUGUAAAAGUGUGCGGUUACUCAUUUAGCCCCUGAGUUUCCGUAUCAGAGACUCGUUGUGACAAGCUGUCAAAGAAUUAUUAUUUUCACUCAGAGGACGCGGAAUAAAACUGCAUUGAGCAGAUCUUCUUGGGCGUCAUAUUCCAAAUUAUUACUGAUCCUUUUUUGUUGUUUUCCAGCGUUCAACAUCUUUAAUACGGGAAGCUGCAAAGGCUGCUGUUUUCCAAGCGUUAAGAGGCUGUUGAUAGCAUUCCACGAAGAACUAACGGCCAGAGAUGUGAAGGUAACCAUGGAAUAUUGAGCAGGCGCUAACUCGUUGUUAUUACUUUUAUAAUCAGUGAGCUGAAUGCUUAAAUGGGAAGUAUGCUCAGACACAUUGUAAUUUUUAUCUCGACCAAUUAAGAUUGUGUUCAACAACUUGAUACCUACUUGCUGUGUUCGACUCUAGAGAGAAACUGAUGUGUUUGAAAUUUGUCUUCUAAUAUGCUAAAAUUCGAAUUUGGACGCCGCCAUUUUGAAAACAACUCAGUAACCUGGCCAUACAAGAAAAAAUCAUAACACUUGGUUCAUAAACAGGUGCGGCUCUGGUUAUCGAAAAAAAAACAAUAUAUUAGAUCUCUAGAGCCAAGAACUUCCCUUUGUGUAGCCUCUAAUUAUUUAUACGGGUCGCCAAGAGAUCACGGAAAGAAAGUGGCCGAAGGCUAUGGCAGCCUGCCUCUCUGGCAUCAGUGGAGAUACCCGCUGAGUCUUCUUGGUUCUCAAUGAUCUAAUCAUCAAUUAAUCUCUUUAAUAUUUCAGCAACAGAAAACUAUCCAACAACAAGAGGCGGCUCCUUAUUUGGGAGAGUUUUUUACAGAUGAUGUACCCACCAUUAGGAGAGUCAUCAUCAGGUACAACGAGGGAAAAAUGACUUUUGCCGUGGACAACCAUGUUUUUCGUCUGAAUCACAUCAAAGGAACGACCUUUGAACUCAUUGACCGAAGAAAGGUAGAUUGUCUUAUGAUUGCCUUAAUGGGAGUAAAUCACGAGAGAGUGCACUUUGACCCUCCAGGAAGUUCGCCAGACGGGGUUUCAACGGGCUUUACGGUGUUUGGGUUCCAUCUUCGAGGAAAGGCAUAUUUUCGCAGAAAACAGUUAUGAAUUGGUUGCACCCUCAUCCUUGUGGACGCGGUGAGAAGCUGAACGAGUUCAAAUACUUUCUUCUUUUAUAAUCCAUGCUUCCAACUGUGAUCUUGCCUAUGGCAAGCUCAUUUGUAAAUACAAAGCUGUGUAACGCACUUGCAGAUUUAGUAUAAAUCCUUUACGCCAUGGAAAGCUAACAGUGUCUGGAAUAGGUGCAAAAUAUCGAGGAGUGACGGAGCCGAUAUACUUAAGUAGUUUUCAAGCGUUCGAGAAGGAUUGCACGUGACAGAUGAACCGCAAAAAAAGUUUUAAUGUACCAGGCGUGACUAAGGAGGUCCUUGGAUGCACUAGACCACCCAUUUCUUAUUACAAAGGAAUUUAACACUUAUAAUCUCAAAAUACUUCCAGAUCACAAUGAGACGUUGGAAAAUGACUGACUUCGUCGAUGAAGAGGAUAGGACUUUGUAAAUCGAGUCGUGCAAUAUAAAAUUUUCAGAUUUCUGCAGGAGAAUUAUAUAUCUGAUAAGAGCUGAAAAGGGGACGAGCUAUCCAUGUAAGAGACCAUAGUAUGCAUGGUAUAAGAUAUUAAAAGAGCGCUUUUCCUUGCAAAUAAAGAAUAGGUUUUAAAAAGCCUUGAGUACGAGGAGUAUUCGGAGAAGAGAAAGUUUUUCCGAAGAUGUAUCAUAAGGAAAGUCCUAAUAUAGUCUAAUGAAGGAUGGCUACGCUGCAGAAACCGC